GUAGGUAUCAAGUUAAACAAGUCUGCAUAACAUUAAAAACUCGUAAACUUGCUAAAAUCAUGACAAUUUUUAGCUCUGAAAAACCCGAAAAUAGUGAAAAAACAAUGAUUUUAUCCAAACCAAGACUGAUUGCCAAUCAACGAAAACUAAUAAACAUAUACAGUGUUAUAAAUAACAAAUGCAGCUCACAAGCUAUAUUCCGUAACAAUUUAAAUCUUCCACAUUUACCAGUCCCAUCAGUAGCUCAAACCACAGAAAAAUACCUCCUUUCUGUGACCCCAUUUUUAAACAACGAGGAGUUGAAUAAGACCAAACAAUUGCUGGAAAAGUUUAAACUUGAGACGGAAAUUCUGCAAAAACAUUUGGUGCAUAGGGCCAAAAAUACGGAAAAUUGGUUGGCUGAUUGGUGGCUUACGUGUGCCUACUUGGAAUACAGGGACCCUGUUGUUGUCUACUCCAGCCCCGGUUUGGUUUUUCCAUGUGAGAAUUUCGAAAAUGAGAAUGAUCGUUUAGCUUAUACAGCCAAGAUGAUUUUGGGGGCUGUUGACUACAAAUUGCAGAUAGAUAACGACAAUAUUCCCUUGGAUAAAAUGGGUAAAGAUCCUUUAGAUAUGAACCAAUAUAAGAAAAUUUUUGGUACCUGUAGAAUUCCGCAGGAUAAAAGGGAUGGUCUGGAAUUUAAUCAUGAUUCCAGGCAUAUUGUUAUUGCAAGAAACAACAAUUAUUUUAAACUUCAAGUUGUCAACUCCCAAGGUAAAGUCCCCAGCGUUUCCCAGCUUGUAAGCCAACUUAAAUACAUUUUAAAAUCAUCUCAAGAAGUCGACCCACCUGUUGGAAUUCUGACGGCUGAUAAAAGGGACAAUUGGGCGAAAAGUUACAUAACCUUAAAACAAGUGUGUCCAAGUAAUGCAAAAUCAGUGGAGGAGAUCCAAAAAUCACUAUUUUUGGUUUGCCUCGAUAAUCCUAUGCCGGAAUAUGACGGGAAUAGGAGAUCUUUAGGGUCCAAACAGUUUAUACAUGGAGGGGGGAGUAGGGGUAACUCUGCCAACAGGUGGUUUGAUAAAACCAUACAGUUUAUUAUUGGACAAGAUGGCACAGUGGGGUUGACUUAUGAGCAUUCUCCUAGUGAGGGGCAGCCCAUAGCUGUUAUGACUGAUUAUAUUGUGGAAUUUAUUAAAAAAGAUGUUAAUUUACCUGACACCAAAUUGGAAAUGGUCCCUAUAAAAUUACCAUUUGAAAUCAACAAUGCUGUUUUAAAGGACAUACAUGCAGCUAACACAACAGUGGAUGAUAUGGUUGCAAAUUUGGAUACAGAUAGCUUCAAAUUCGAGGACUUUGGAAAAGAUUUUGUCAAAUCCCAAAAACUAAGCCCUGAUAGCUUUAUACAAAUUGCUAUGCAAUACGCUUUUUAUAAAAUACACAGAGUACCUGGGGCACAUUACGAAUCAGCAGCCACCAGAAAAUACAUACACGGCCGCACAGAAACAAUCCGUUCCUGUUCAAUAGAAUCGGUAGCAUUCGCGAAAACAAUGCUGCAAUCUAAAAGCGACUCUGACAAAGUUGCGGCCCUAAAAUCCGCCAUAAACUCGCACAAAAAAUACUCGAUCGAUGCAGUCAACGGUUUCGGAGUCGAUAGGCACCUUCUAGGGCUGAAGCAGGUCGCCCUGGAGAAAAAAAUACCGCUCCCCGAACUGUACCAAGACGCUUCCUACGCUCGUAGCUCCCACAUGCGGCUUUCCACCAGCCAAGUCGCGACCAAAUGCGACGGUUUCAUGGUCUACGCCCCGCUAACUUCGGACGGUUACGGUUGCUGCUACAAUCCGAGACCGAACGACAUUAAUUUCGGGGUUUCUGCGUUUACGAGCAACCAGGAAACCAGCGCCACAAUUUACAGGGAAACUUUGACGAGCUGCUUGAAAGAAAUGCACGAUAUCUUGGCUCGAUCACAAAUGUCCAAACUUUAAGUGUUUUAUGGUUUUUUAGGUAAAGGUUGUUGUCAUGACGUUUUUA